AUGGAGACUUUUCUUAGUACUGAUCCAACUUUAUCCGUUAUCCCUUUCACAUACGGCAAAAAGGCUGGUUGCCUGUCAACCUGCGGAUGUCUCUCCCCCUUCUUAGUCUUGCGCGGGAUUGUUAUUGUUAGUCAGAUUGGAUCUCCUUCAUACCACUUAGCGAAGCAUGUUGCGGGUGUAUUGCAAACGCUAGUAGGGAAGACUACGUCGUUUGUAAAGGACUCUCGUCAUUUUAUUGACAUUGUGAAGACCAUAAAAUUGGAACCAGAGGAGAUUAUGGUGAGUUUCGACGUGGAGUCGUUAUUCACCAAUGUUCCAUUAAGGGAGUGUCUGGGCAUUGUUAAGACGAAACUCGUGGAGAACGGUCAUCCUGAGGGGUACGUCACGCUGUUGGAGCAUUGUCUGGAGGGGAAUUAUUUCCUCUACCAUGGACAGUUUUAUCUGCAGGUGGAUGGAGUAGCAAUGGGCAGUCCAGUAGCCCCAGUAAUUGCUAACAUAUGGAUGGAGCAUUUUGAAGAGUUAGCAUUACGCUCCGGACCGCCUGUGAUUACACUGUGGAAGAGAUACGUAGAUGACGUGUUCUGCAUUUUGAGGGGCAGCUCCGAUACAGUGGAACAGUUCGUUGACCAUUUAAACUCCAUCCAUCCAAAGGUAAAGUUUACCUUCGAGAUGGAGAGCGACAGAUCCCUACCUUUCCUGGAUGUAAAGUUGAAAGCUAAACCAGAUGGAACCCUGGCACACUCCGUAUACAGAAAGCCCACCCACACUGACAGGUACCUGCAAGCUUCUUCCCAUCAUCAUCCGAGACAUCUGCAAUCGGUGGUCACAUCCCUGGUUAACAGGGCUCGAGACUUAUGUGACUCUGAACACUUAGACAAGGAGUUAGCCCAUGUUCAGAAGGUGCUGAGGAAAAAUGGGUAUUUGCAGACAAUCCCGCGCAAGACUAAGAAGGGGGAGAGACAUCCGCAGGUUGACAGGCAACCAGCCUUUUUGCCGUAUGUGAAAGGGAUAACGGAUAAAGUUGGAUCAGUACUAAGAAAAGUCUCCAUUAAGACUGUAUACACACCGUUAUCUAAAGUAGCGAGUCUCUUACGCAGUCCUAAGGAUGUCAUUCCGUACCAAAGUCCGGGUGUCUACAAGAUAGAUUGCAGUUGUGGAAGUGCGUAUAUUGGCCAAACAAAGCGCAGCGUUCAAGAGAGGAUAUACUAA